AUGACUUGCCAAGCGUUUGCUUCAUCUGACACCUUUGUACCCUUGAAUUCUGACUCUUCUCCCUCUCUGCCUCUGAUAAUGCAUCACAGCGCUGCAGAGUGCCUGCCGGUUUCUAACCAUGCCACCAAUGUUGUAUCUACAGUUCCAUCUGUUUUGUCUUUGAUCCAAACUCCUAUACGCUACCAAAUCCACUUUGCCGUGACAACUUUGGGAAACGCUUUGGCAGGCCUUCAUUACUCUGUGCCUUCCUGUCAUUAUGGAAAUCAACCAUCUACCUAUGGGGUGAUGGCAGGUAGCCUGACCCCUUGCCUUUAUAAAUUCCCGGAGCACGCCCUGAGCGCCAGCUCCUGUGCCCUGGGCCAUGGCUUCACACCCAUGCACCAGUCCCUCCUCACAGACGAUCCCACCACCGCAGACUUCAAGCAGGAGUUCCGCAGAAAAAGCAAGUCUGUCGAAGAACCUGUCGACAUGGACUCCCCUGAAAUCAGGGAACUUGAGAAAUUUGCUAACGAAUUUAAGCUGCGGAGAAUUAAGCUGGGUUAUACACAAACCAACGUCGGAGAAGCACUGGCUGCUGUGCAUGGCUCUGAAUUCAGCCAAACUACUAUUUGCCGGUUUGAAAACUUGCAGCUGAGUUUCAAGAAUGCAUGCAAACUGAAAUCGAUACUGUCCAAGUGGCUGGAGGAAGCAGAACAAGUAGGAGCUUUGUACAAUGAAAAAGUUGGAGUGAAUGAGCGGAAGAGGAAGCGCAGAACCACCAUAAGUAUUGCUGCCAAAGAAGCCCUAGAGAGACACUUUGGAGAGCAAAGCAAGCCUUCUUCUCAGGAAAUUAUGAGGAUGGCUGAGGGGCUCAAUCUUGAGAAAGAAGUUGUGAGAGUUUGGUUUUGCAACAGAAGACAAAGGGAAAAAAGAGUGAAGACAAGUUUACAUCAGAAUGCCUUUAGUUCUAUUAUCAAGGAGCAUCACGAAUGCCGGUAA